AUAAACACGAGUCACAAUUUACGCAGUCAAUAGUCAAUACGUAGGUUUCAGAAUAGUGCGAAACAGCUGCUGAUAAUUAUCAAAGUGGAUUAACUAUCAUAAUUUUUAAAAAUGUUGGAUCUAUUUAGCAUAUUUAGUAAAGGAGGAAUCGUCCUGUGGUGUUUUCAGAGUACCAGCGAUAUAUUCUCGCCUUCUGUUAACGCUCUUAUACGUAAUGUUAUUUUACAGGAACGAACGGGCAAUAAUACGUUUAGCCAUAACGCUUUAAGUCUCCAAUACAAACUCGACAAUGAGUUUGAAUUAGUUUUCGUGGUAGCUUAUCAACGUAUACUACAAUUGUCUUACGUCGACAAAUUUCUAAAUGAUAUACACUUGGAGUUUAGGGACAAAUACAAAAAUGAAUUGCAAGGUGGCCAACAUAACAUGGACUUUGAUUUCAAAACUACAUUUGAGAGUGUUCUCAAGCAGUGUGAACAAUGGGCAAAAACACAGGCUCAGAUUCCGAAGCAGAUGCGAUCAUUUGAAGACUCGCAGAAGUCUAAAAAGACUGUCGCCUCUAUGAUUGAAAGGAAAGGAGAUGAAAAAAAUAAAAAAUCUGUGAAAAUAAUAGAAAACAAAAGCAUUCCCAAUGGCAAGGUAGAGGAGCCAGAGGCGGACAACGACUUGAUAGCUGCCAACAGAGCUAAACUGGCACAGAAAAUGGCAGCCAAAAACAAAAAGGAAGCCAAAAAAUCUCCAAAAAGUCCAAAAGCAACAGAUCGUGUGAAAAAGCCACGUGUCUGGGAACUGGGAGGUGAUUCCCGUGACUUACCCUCACUGGACUUCAGUACUGAUAAAGAAAGUUUUGGAGAAAUAGCCCCCGACACACAGUUGGUGGGUCAAAUGAAAGGCGCUAUUCGCGAUUUGGAAGUCGAGGAAUCUGAUGCAAGCAGUUCUGAAGAAGAAGAGACACAUCAACCCAGCCCCAAGAAGACGGGGGGAAUGUUCAGCAUAUUUAAAGGUUUGGUUGGCUCCAAAGCACUUACCGAGGAAUCAAUGCGGCCAGUGUUGGACAAGCUAAGAGAUCACCUCAUAGCCAAGAAUGUUGCCGCUGAUAUUGCUAACAAACUAUGCGACUCUGUUGCCGUUAAGUUAGAAGGAAAGGUUUUGGGCACGUUUGAUAGCGUCGCUACAACUAUCAAAGCGACUCUAACGGAGGCGUUAGUACAGAUCCUAUCUCCAAAGCGUCGUGUCGAUAUACUAAGGGACUGUCUCCACGCCAAACAACAAGGAAGACCCUAUGUUAUGGCUUUCUGUGGGGUGAACGGUGUCGGUAAAUCUACGAAUCUUGCGAAGAUAUGUUUCUGGUUGAUAGAAAAUCGUCUGUCAGUCUUGAUAGCGGCCUGUGACACGUUCAGGGCUGGUGCAGUGGAACAGCUAAGGACUCAUGUGAGGAGAUUGGACGCAAUGCACCCGGGGUCCGUCAAUCUGUAUGAAAAAGGAUAUGGUAAGGAUGCAGCGGGCAUCGCAAUGGAAGCUAUCAAGUAUGCAGCGGAUACCAAAUAUGAUGUGGUUCUCAUAGAUACAGCAGGUCGGAUGCAGGACAACGAACCUCUAAUGAGAGCUCUGGCCAAACUCAUUAAGGUCAAUGAACCCGACCUAGUACUGUUUGUAGGGGAGGCUUUAGUUGGUAAUGAAGCCGUCGAUCAACUGGUUAAGUUCAACCAAGCAUUGGCCGACCACAGCUCCUCGAGCAAUCCCCAUGUCAUUGAUGGGAUCGUUCUCACUAAAUUUGACACAAUUGAUGAUAAAGUCGGUGCGGCCAUCUCCAUGACCUACAUCACCGGCCAGCCUAUAGUUUUUGUUGGCACCGGACAAACAUACACAGAUUUGAAAGCUCUUAAUGCUACCGCAGUAGUUCAUGCUCUUAUGAAAUAAAUCCAUACAAUUCAUAGUUUUUUUUUAAAAACAAUAUUAAUAUAUGACUAAUUUUCUAUUGGGUUUUGUCUUUUACUUUAUUGUCAAUUAUAGCGGACGGGUGUGGUCUUGUAAUUUUUCAUUAAUUUUUUUUCUCACAAAUAUAGUACCAUAUAGUAUUGAUUUUAAACUAUGUAAUAAAAUUCUCCCUUCAAUUCAUCAUUGUUAAUAUAUGUAAUACCAAUUUACUGUUUGCGGGAUGUGGUUAAAUCUUCAAAAUAUACUGUUUGUUUUUUUUUUUUUUAUUGUCUUCUUCAGGCUUUUGAAUAUUAAUUAAUGCAUUGAAUCUAUGAUGUAUGUUCUUUGCUCUUAGACGCUGGUUAAAAAAAGGAACCAAUUAGCAAAAUGUACACAAAACGCGUAGAAUUAAUUUUACAGUGCCUUGACCCCGAAAUGUUAUUGAACAUUGGUUUAGCGAUUUUGUAAACAACACUGCCUUAUUAAAAUCAUGUAAUAUUUGACAUAUUUAUAUUAUUUGUUAAUUUGUUAUUAUAAAUAAUAAUAAAAAAAAAUAUUUGUUAUAUAUUUCGUUUUAAAUGUCAUAUAGUCUUAGGGGACUUAUUCAAUUAUAUUUGAUAAAUUAUAAACGCCGAAAAGUAUGAAGAUUUUAACGAUAUUGUCACAAUUGGGAAUGUGAUUUUUUUUUAAAUAGUUAUAUCAAAGUGUUUAUACUUUAUAAUACAACCGUGAACUUGUUCAUUGGGUAGCGAUUAAAUAAAUAUGAAAUAAA